AUGGCUGAGGAGGGUUUCAAGGUUACUUUGAAUGUGUAUGAUCUCAGCCACGGAUUGGCACGCCAACUCUCUACAACAUUUUUGGGGAAGGCCCUUGAUGGUAUUUGGCACACAGGAGUCGUGGUGUAUGGUAAUGAAUACUAUUUUGGAGGAGGUAUACAACAUUCCCCUGCUGGAACAACUCCAUAUGGAACACCGAUUAAAGUGGUAGAUUUGGGAGUCACACAUGUACCCCAGGAUGUAUUUGAAGAGUAUUUGCAGGAAAUUAGCCCCCGCUACACUGCUGAGACUUAUAGUUUACUCACUCACAACUGCAACAACUUCAGCAAUGAGGUUGCACAGUUUUUGGUGGGUGUAACCAUUCCAGAAUACAUUCUACAGCUACCCAAUGAAGUUAUGAACAGUCCAAUGGGUGCUCUUAUAUUGCCCAUGAUACAAAAUUUGGAGUCAACAUUGAAAGCAGGAGCUGUCCCACAGGUUCCACAAUUCAGGCCUCCUUCAAUGACCCAGCCUUCAGAGACUGCAACAGUUACUGUCAAUAAAUCCUCAGUCGCUGGUCCUAGCCCUUCCACAAAAGUAAUCGUUAAAGAGGCUGAUAUUAAAUUCAAAUCUGAGGAUGCCAAACCUAAGGAGCUUAUGGCAUUAGAGAACUCAGUGCCUCCUGCUGUCAAAUCUGCAGAAGCAGAAGAGAAGAUUUCAACCAAUGCGAUUGCCGGAGACCCUCUCGGGAAUGCACGAAACAAAGUACAGGAGGAGAUCAGCCGUGAAUUUGCUGCAAUCAUGGCUACUGGUACAUUGCGUGCAAGUGAGGCUGCAGCUCAAGCAACUAAGAGAGUAAUGCAAAGAUACAGUAAUUUAAAUACUGCUAUGCCACAUAGCUAG